AUGAGUGAAGCAAACAAUAAUUCCGAUAUCACCCGUGUGCCAAUCAAUAUCCAAAGUUUCAUCACACAAGUUUACGCGGAAUGCAUGGACAAUAAGGGAACUUUAGCUGCCAAGGUAUAUCAACUUGAAGAUGAUGAUGGGAUCGUUCACAAGCUACAAGUGAGCAAAGAUUUGGAUCAUUUUGAAGUCGUUCAAAACGCUAGAUUCUUUUAUCGACGCAAGGAAUCAGCGUAUAAAUGGAUUCGAUAA